CGUACUGAAUGUUCGAUUAGCCACCGAUUCAUACUUAUCAUAAUGUGCCUCAUAUCCAAAUGUUUCAAGUGAUACCGUUUUCUAAGCUACAAGUAUCCCUUCAACGAUCUUGGUCAACAUUUAUUACUCAAGAUCAUAUCAAGGAUCAAGUUAAAAGUGUGGGAAAAGGGUCUACUAGUUCUAAAACGAGGUGAAAAUUUAAAUGAUUAAUGGGUCGUUGUAAAAAAAAAUUAUAACAUUUAGUGUAGGAUAAAAAGGGGAUGCGUUGGUGAAAUGGUGAAAAUACUAUGCUCGGUGGUGCACGACGAACUGAUUAGCUAAUAUCCUGACUUUCCAAUUGCACUCUGUUUCCCGUUAGAAUGAGAAACGAUUUCGAGAAACGUCGACGAUUUUUUCAAUCCAUUUGAAUGCUUUUUGGGUUUAUUUAAAAAAUGUCAAAGAUGACGUUCGUAAGAAGAGUGAUCGCUAUGCUGAUUAUCUGUUUACUCGUGCAAAGGAGUUCAAACAAAUAUUUGGAGGGUAUAAACGUGAACUUAGGAGAUGCCAUGCAAUUUCUUAGAGAAUAUGACAGUGAAGCUUCUGCGAUGUGUACAAGAGUAACGACGGCACAGUGGAACUUCGCGACAAAUGUCACCGAAGUAAAUCGUCGAAAAAUGAUAGAAGAACAGGCCUUGAAAUUGAAAUUUGAUCGAAUUUCGUGGCGGAAAGCCGUCAGUUUCGCUUGGAGCCGAAUCGGAGAUCCUUUCGCAAAAAGGGAACUGAAAAUGAUUGCUAUAAGAGGUCGAAAUUCCUUGACUGACGACAAAUUCAACGAGUUACACAGUCUUAUUUUGGAGAUGAAAGAAAUAUACGCAAGAACCAGAUUGUGCCCUUAUAGAACAAUAGAUGCAAAUUGUAAUUUAAGUUUAGAUCAUGAUAUUAACAAAGUAAUGGCAAAGUCAAAAGACUACGAUGAACUGUUAUAUUACUGGCAUGCUUGGCACGAAGCUACUGGUCCUCAGCUGAAGAAUAAAUAUAUGAGAUACAUUCAGUUGGCAAAUCAAGCUGCCAGGCUAAACGGUUUCGAUGAUGCUGGAGAUCAAAUGAGGGAGCUCUUUGAAGAUGAACAUUUCCAACAAAAUACAGCAGAUGUAAUGUCAGCAGUCAUGCCGUUGUACAAAAAUUUGUUUACCUACGUGAGAACGAAAUUAUUCGAACGAUACGGCGAUAAAAUUAGAAGGGAUGGUCCGCUUCCUGCACAUAUCUUAGGUAAUAUGUGGGCUCAAACUUGGGAGGAUCUUUUCGAUGUGGUACAACCGUUCCCAGCAAGUAAAAGGCUCGACGUUACUUUGGAGAUGAUGAUUCAAAGUUUCACGCCUUUAAGGAUGUUCCAAAUAUCAGAGGAAUUCUUCACUUCUCUUGGAAUGAAACCGAUGCCACCCGAAUUCUGGAGAUUCUCCAUGUUCGAGAAACCCAUCGACAGGGAAGUGAAAUGUACUCCCAGUGCUUGGGAUUUUUGUAAUCGGAUUGAUUACAGAAUAAAACAGUGCACCAGAGUCGUGAUGGAGGAUCUAUUAUCAACGCAUCACGAGAUCGCACGAUUACAGUAUUAUUUACAGUACAGAGAUCAACCACUAUUAUUUAGAAAUGAACCAAUUCCAGGAUUUUUUGAAGCUGUCAGCGAUGCCAUUGAACUUUCCGUUUUUACGCCUCAACAUAUGAGUAAAAUUGGGUUGUACGAUAAUUCUACAGAUGAUUAUGGGAGCGACAUCAACUUUUUAAUGCUAAUGGCUCUGCGUAAAAUUGCCUACCUACCGUUUGCUUACAUAGUUGACGAGUGGAGGUGGCGUAUAUUCAGCGACGGUGUGACGGAUAUGACAAACAAGUGGUGGGAGUUAAGGUUGCAAUAUCAAGGAAUUGUGCCUCCAGUGCCGCGAUCCGAACGGGAUUUUGAUCCUGGCUCGAAGUAUCACAUCCCGGCUGAUGCCCUCUACGCCAAGUAUUUCGUCGGUAUUGUCAUGCAAUUUCAAUUGUUCGAGGCUCUGUGCGAAAUAGCUGGCCACACUGGCAAUCUACAUAACUGCGAUUUCUAUAGAUCUCGAGAAACCGGGAGGCUAUUAUCUGACGUAUUGUCCAUCGGCUCUUCUAGACCUUGGAAAGAUGUUGUUAAACAAAUGACAAGAGGUAAGACGAAUAUGAUGGACGCAGGAGCGAUAUUGAGGUAUUUCGAGCCUCUGAAUCAGUGGUUGAAACGGCAAAAUGAAAUGGAACCAGUUGUUGGUUGGAUCACGAAUCGUGACGAUGCGGCGUUAUUUUUUCACUGGUACCAAAGUGGCGCUCGGAAAGAGGCAUCCUACUUGUUCUUCCUAUUGACUUUAAUAGUUACACAGAUCAUAAUGCAGUAAUUGAGAGUGUAGAUUUGUUAAUGCUUAAUUACAAAUGACAUGAAUAAAAGAAUAAGAGGUAGAACUAGAAAA